GAGGUACACCAAGGCCCUGGGAAAGCCAGGCAGCCUCGGACGGCUGGCACGGCGUCACCCGGGGCGCAAAGUGGGCUUGGCCCCGCGAGGCAGGAGGAGGCACCUGCGGCUCGCUGUGCCUGGCUAGCCCUGCCCCUUUCUUCUCCCGGGCGCCCUUCCUUCCUUCCUUCCCUCCCUCCUCCCUCCUGUUGCUUCCAGUCGUGGGCUCCAGCGCGACUUCCUCUUCCUUCCCGGAGCUGCCCUUGGCCCUCCUGGACACGGGCCGGGCUCCCGGAUGCGGUGCUUGAGGGAGACACAGAAAGAGAGAGAGAGAGAGAGAGAAGAGAAAGCAGGCAGAGGGAAGGAGAGAGAGAGAGACAAAGGCUGGCUCUCCCUCCUCCUCCUUCUCCUCUCUUCCCUCUUCCUCCUCCUCCGCCGCCUGUUGCUGCUUCUCUCCCUUGGAGUAUGAGCCAGAGGAGGAGUCCAGCAGUGCUUUCACAAAGAAAUGUCAACUUCAACCAUGGACUCACAGUGUCUCGGUGAGAGAGGAAGCUUUUUUAAGUUAAUUGACACAAUCGCUUCAGAAAUCGGAGAACUGAAACAAGAAAUGGUACACACGGAUCUAGUGCUGGAAGAUGGGCCCACAAGUUUACAAAGCUUGGACAAAGCUAUGGGUAAUGUGUACUCAGAUCUUCAAAAAGAAUUGAAAAGCAUCACACGAGACUCUGGAUAUGACAGCCUUCCUAAUAAACUCAGCAUUCUGGAUAAACUUCUUCAUACACACCCUAUUUGGUUACAGCUUGGCUUAAAUGACUCCGAAGCAUCUGAAGUUCUACGUUCACAACCUCCUGGAACCUUCCUUGUUAGGAAAUCCACAAAAAUGCAGAAGAAAGUCUUGUCUCUACGACUCCCAAAUGACUCUGGAUUGUUCCUAAAGGAGUUUGCAAUAAAAGAAAGCACAUAUACCUUUUCCUUGGAAAGCUCUGGAAUAAGUUUUGCUGAUUUAUUCAGGCUCAUAGCUUUCUACUGUAUCAGCAGGGAUGUCUUGCCAUUCACCUUGAAGUUGCCUCAUGUGGUUGCAGCAGCAACAACGGAAGCUGAACUUGAAGAGGUGGCUCAGCUAGGACUAAAUUUUUGGAACUCUCCGGCUAACAAGAGACUGCAAAAUCCUUCACCCCUCCAGAAGCCUCUCCCUUCAGAAAGCAUUUCUAAAGGUUCCCAGCAACUCUGCCUCAUAAAUGGAGUUCAUUCUAUAAGAACCAGAACGCCUUCAGAGCUGGAGUGCAGCCAGACCAACGGAGCCUUGUGUUUUAUUAAUCCGCUCUUCUUGAAAGUGCAUAGCCAGGAUGUCGGUGGAAGUUUGAAAAGGCAGUGCCCAAGAACUCAAGACGUGAAUGGCCCAGAGAGGCCUCGUUCUCCCCCACCCAGGCCUCCCCCACCUUCUAUUCAUAGCCUCCUUGCAAGUCCUCAGCUGUCCAGGACUGUAAACCAGCCCAGUCUGCCAGAUACUGUUGACAGCAUCAGACAAGGGAACUUGGAUGUGCUGCAGAAGAGGCCAAUUCCUAUCCCACCGCCUCGCCUGAAGAAGAAGGCACUCUCUCUAGAGGCAGAGAGCAACGCAAAGAACUCGGCUGUAGCUGGGCUGAGCUGUAACUUAGUGCAUGGCUCAGAAGCAGCAAGCAUUCCAGGUGGAGCCCCGCCUCAGCAAAACUUAGCAGAGAGCAAAAAGAGCUUAGCUGCACACUCUGAGUCACAAGUGCAGUGGAAUGGAGGCAGGCAGAGACUAAGCGAUAUGAGCUUGUCCACAUCCUCCUCUGACUCUCUGGAUUUUGACAGGAGCAUGCCGCUCUUCCCGUACGAUGGGGACACGAACAGCAGCCUGGAAGAAUACGAGGGGGAAAGUGAUCAGGAGAGCAUGGCACCACCCUUGAAGCCCAAGAAGAAAAGGACCAGCUCCUUUGUGAUCCCAAAAAUUGUUAAGUCCCAGCUGCGGAAAGUGAGUGGGGUUUUUAGCUCCUUCAUGACCCCAGAGAAGAGGAUGGUCAAGAAAAUAGCCGAAAUGUCUCGAGACAAGCGCACCUACUUCGGUUGCCUGGUUCAGGACUAUGUGAGUUUCUUGCUGGAGAACAAGGAGUGCCACGUUUCCAGCACAGACAUGCUUCAGACUAUCCGGCAGUUCAUGACCCAAGUGAAGAGUUACUUGUCUCAGAGCUCUGAAUUAGAUCCUCCCAUUGAAUCCCUGAUUCCGGAAGACCAAAUAGAUGUGGUGUUAGAGAAAGCCAUGCAUAAAUGCAUCCUGAAGCCCCUGAAGGGCCAUGUUGAUGUGAUGCUGAAAGAGUUCCAUACUGCUGACGGCUCCUGGAAGCAGCUGAAAGAGAACCUCCAACUUGUCCGACAGAGAAAUCCUCAGGAGCUGGGGGUGUUUGUUCCAACACCGGACUUUGUAGAUGUUGAAAAGAUUAAGGUCAAGUUCAUGACCAUGCAGAAAAUGUACUCUCCUGAAAAGAAAGUUAUGCUACUGCUAAGAGUGUGCAAGCUGAUUUACACUGUUAUGGAGAACAAUUCAGGGAGAAUGUAUGGGGCUGAUGACUUCUUGCCAGUGCUGACUUACGUUGUGGCACAGUGUGACAUGCUGGAGUUGGACGCUGAAAUUGAAUACAUGAUGGAGCUGCUGGAUCCCUCUUUGUUGCAUGGAGAAGGAGGCUACUAUUUGACAAGUGCGUAUGGGGCACUUUCAUUAAUUAAGAAUUUCCAAGAAGAACAAGCGGCAAGGCUAUUGUGUUCGGAAGCUCGAAAUACUCUCAGGCAAUGGCAUAAGCGGAGAACAACAAACAGAACAAUCCCAUCUGUUGAUGAUUUCCAGAACUACCUACGAGUUGCUUUCCAGGAGGUAAACAGUGGUUGCACAGGAAAAACCUUGCUAGUGAAACCAUAUAUCACUACCGAAGACGUCUGCCAUCUUUGUGCUGAGAAGUUUAAAGUGGACAAUCCUGAUGACUACAGCCUAUUUCUCUUUAUUGAUGACACGUGGCAGCAACUGACAGAAGACACUUAUCCUCAGAAAAUCAAAGCUGAACUCCAUAGUAGGCCACAGCCUCAAGUCUUUCACUUUGUUUAUAAGCGCAUCGACAGUGACCCUUAUGGGGCCAUUUUCCAGAACAGUGACUACGAUUCAUAAGGUUGAGGAUUUGUAUUGUUGUGUUUUAAGUUUCUUGCAAACUUUUGUUUGCUUGUUGACUGGGUUGAUUUUGAACUUAAGUGGUUUGCAGGAUUGUAAACUAGGUGCCUAACAAGAACAGGACUCCUCACUGACUCUAACUGAGAUACGUAGAACAACCAGCCUGUUGUACAGUAUGUACAAUUCUGGUGCCGCAGUGUACAGCCACAGUAGCUGAACUUAAGGAGAAUCAUCUCAGAAAUGCCUUAGUAGAUCCAUAUUCAGAUCUGUACUUCAUAUCCUUAGUGCAAGCACUAUUUUCAUUGAAAUAUUCAGAUAGUCAGACUUUUUGUAAAGUAGCUGGCAAGCUGUCCUAUGUUACCAAUGUACAUAAUGCUAUGCUGUCCGAUGCAGGGCAUCAGUAAACUCUAUUAUGUGGAUGGUAACAGCCUUCUUUAAAAUAGUUUUUGUAUAUAUAUAUAUAUAUAUUUUACUGAAGGCAACAUGAUUUUAUAUAUUUCACAGAAAUUUUAUAGCAGUUGCAGGUAAACUGUCAUGGUUAGUUCUUAAGUAUUUUUCUAAGCUAUAAAUUGUUCUAUAAUUAUGCAUGUGAUUAACAUUUAAUAUACGAAAUGAAUCUCUUGCUGGUUUUAGAGUAUUACAUUGAACAUUUAUGUGAAUGUUUUUGCCUUUUUCUACCAAGAUUUAAAGAUUACUUUUAAUAUGAAGCCCCAUUUUUUUAAAGUUUGGGAUGAUUCUGUAAACAGUUUUAUUUUUAACAUUGGCUGUCCAAAGCUGCCUAUAAACCUGACAUAAAAAAAUGAAUUACUUAUAUACUGCAGUCUGAAAUACAGAAAGAUGAAUAAACAGAUUGGGGAAGUGAGAGGAUGUAGAUAGCCUGUUUGAAGGAUUAAAAGUGUAAGAGGGGAAUGUGUUCACAAGUCCCACUGUAACAUCAUAUUAGUUGCUCAUUAAUACUCAUUAACCAGCAUUGUUGCACAGAGCUGGGGACAAUGAAUGAUGAUUGCUGGGGAGGUUAGGGUCAUUGUUGUUUUUACCGCUGAUGGGUUAAUGUAUGUGUGUGGAAUGCUGAUUGUGUUCCACGUUGGAUAUUGGUCAGGGUAGAAAUGGGUGAGAGUCCCUCAAAUGGAGGAACUAAAGUGAUGUUGUCAAGACACCCCUAGUCUGCUGGUUCAGGCUGCUUUCCGAAUGGGGGUGAUGAGAUUAUGGAGGAAACCAUUUUAAUGUUUAACAUGUGGUAGUUGUGCAAAUAAUGAAUUGACAUCUGUUGUAUUAAAAACAACAGGAAUAUAAAUUGAUGCAUUUCAUGCUUUUAUACACACUGAAGUAAGCAAUCUCAAACACAUUUGAUUGUGGCUGAAAAGAUAAAUGUAGUUUCAAUAGUUACUGAGAUAAAAACAAUGUAUAAAUUCUUCUCUAUGUAAAGAUGCUAGAAAAUGGGCACUGUCUAUACAUGCAAUAGAAUGAUGUGGAAGUGAGGUGGUAGAACAGAAUAUACUCCUUCACUUUGCUCAUGUGAUGUGUGUGCUAGAUUUUUUGAAAGCUUGCAGACUAAAAAACGUAUCUGCAAGCAGAGGGAUUCAUCCAGCCCCUCUCCUUCCUUUGUUUUUCUGCCUUUUGUGCUGGGCUGUUUUUACAAAACAGAUUGCAGUGGGUUUUUGUUUAUUUGAUCACAUAGAGAAGUACAGUGCCCUCUUGCUAUUCAUUUUGAUUCAGCUCCAGGACCAUCCACAGAUAGCAACAAUGGAUAUCAAGCCUCACUAUAUAAAACAAUGUAGUAAAAUGAUGUUCCUCCUAUAGAAUGGCAAACUCAAACAAAUGCCGGAGAGAGCACGAGGCUCUGGGAAAUAGCGGAAAGAUACAGUAAGCUUUGCCUACGCAUCAGCAAUAGUGGUCAGUGCAUGGCAAACUCAAAAUUUGAGUUCUGGAUUCUCCCGCCCCAGAUAUUUUCAGUUAAUGGUUGAUUGAAUUUGUGGUUUCAUAACCCAGGGAUCUGGAGGGUUGACUGCAUUCAGAAACCCUUGCUUGCAGCGUAAACUGGUGUAAUCUGCUGACUUUCCUCAAAACCUUGUUCACUUGCGUGGGUAGAUUAGAUUUCAUAUUGCUAUCAUAUCCAUAGUAAUUAGGAGUAAAUCCUAUUUAAUUCACUAGAGUGACUUCUUAAUAAGCAUGUAUUGACUGGAGCUUUUAGAAAUGGAAAUACAGAACUAAAUGUGCUCCACUACAUACAACAGAAUAUUCACGAGCUUUUCAAAAUGUAUAGAAACAGAACAAAAAUACAGUCAACAUCCAAUGAUUUGAGAAGAAUGUCUUUUCUGUUUUAAAUACAAUAAUCUCUGUAAUUUUUGGAUGAAAUCUCCCAAAGGCCCUUGUUACAAACUUUAUAUGGGCCUAACCAGAGCCAUUCCUAGAACCCUAAGAGAAGAUGGACACAUGCAGGAUCUUGCCUUAGGGUGCAGAACUAUGUGUGUCCUCAGUAGCUCUCAAAUGAACAAGUUCAGUUGUUUAUUAUGAACAAUCAGCCUGGGGAACCAGAUAAUACUGCCUUUGUAGGCAACACCCAUCAAAUCAAAAUAUUUCAUUGUGUCUUGCAAACCAUGGAUGGUGGUAGUUUGCUUAUUGAGAUAACUUGCCCCUAUCCAGAAUGUUCAGUGAUAUUGCCUAAUAUGGAUAGUUUGGAUGUCUUUCAAACAAUGUCAUUCCUUUCCUCUGCUCAGUUUGUAAUUGUUUGUUGAUAUUCUGAAAUUACAAAAAUAAUACUGGUGCCUGCACCUGCAGGUGUGCUCUGUAUGUAACAACUUGUAGGAUUUGAUUUGCCACAUAUCUGCCACACUGGCGUGUGUUUGUAUUGUCCUUCAUUUUGUAAAUGAUAAAGCAGUAGUUUUGCACAUAAUACAUUGUAAUACUUAA